AUGGUGGCAUUUCAAAAUGUGGGAUACGGGACUGACGACCAAAUGGCGCAGCACAACUUUGCAGCGUGGUUGUUUGAUCCCCAAACUACAUACAACGACUUCAGCGUUGCGAGCUUACCGUUCCUCGAAGGUGGAUUAGAAUCCACCUUUAACAACAAUAUCCAUUAUGACUACGAGUCCCUCAAUAGCCUGUCUCCAAUGGACCAUACGAACCGCCAUGGCGACGUGCCGGAUGACUGGAUGACAGAAUCACGGCGGCAAGAUUUACUGUACUGGUUCCAGCUUUUUCGGAAGAAGCAACCCAGAUAUGACAAUUUGAUGCCAAACCUGGUGCAGGAAAGCGGCGGCGACUUACCGGCCCUCAACCUGGACAUGAUCCGUGACUGCUUGAAGGAGUUUUGGGAUAAUGUCUCGCCGCGGCUGCCUAUUGUUCACCAACAUACGUUUUCUCCAAACCGGUGUUCGAUCUUCUUACUACUGGUCAUGAUUUCUCUAGGUGCUGCAUCUCUCAAAAGUCGAGAUACCACCGGUCAACUGACAGAGUACGGGGCAUUUGCCGAUGUCAUCAUCUGCAGCGUACGAUGGGAAAUCCUGACAUCGGACGACUCUGCACCUCCGGCCGCUCUUUGGGUUGCCCAGGCAUUGUUACUUUUGGAAUUUUACGAAAAGCUCUAUACUACUCGACGAUUACACGAAAGAGCGCACAUUUAUCACCCCGCGUUUUUGACAUUACUUCGUCGAGGGAGCCCCUUAAUAGGUAGAACUGGAAGCGAAUCCCCUGGAGAACCCGAGGAUAUCCGUUCAGAUCGACCUACGCCCGCACCAGGGAUGGUACUCGACUCAAAAACAUGGUGGGUUCGAUGGGCAGAAACCGAGUCGAUGCAUCGGGUCGUCUUUGCCGCCUUCAUGCUGGACAUUAUUCACGCCGCCAUGUUCGGCCACUCUGCUGACAUGGCGGCCCAUGAAAUCCGCCUCCCCUUACCGUGCGAUGACAACCUCUGGACGGCCAGCAGCCCAGACGUUGUUCGUCAACUUGACGCCAAUUUCCGCAUGUACGGCGUUAAACAAGUUUCCUUCCUCGACGGCCUCAAAUCCGCCCUCCACGGCAAAGAAGUCAAGACACAUUCCUUUGGCCGAAUGAUCAUCAUCUCUGGCCUCCUCAGCGUAGGCUGGCAUCUCUCUCACCGCGAAACACACCUAAAAUGGCUUGACCUCCGCGGUCCGUCCCCCGAAACACACGAUAACUGGCGAAAACUGCUCCUCAAGGCAUUCGGCAGCUGGAAAGAAUCCUUCGAUAUUGCCAUGUCCGACUCGGUCACUGACGCGCCGGGCCAUCGGCCGGUACCCAACGGCCCCAUCAACAGUGCCUCGUUACUUUUCCAUCUCGCGCAUAUCAGUCUACAUGCCGACAUCAUCGACUGCCAAGUGUACGCAGGUGCUCGGCGACUUCUCGGACGCAAGGUCUCAACGAGAGACUACACCAACGCCGUAAAGCGCAUGGGGACAUGGGCAAAACAAACAUCUACACGUCACGCCAUCUUACACGCAUUCAAACUGCUCUACCGUGUGCUCGUGGAUCCCCACCCCCGACGGCGAAACUCUCCGCACCCCCCGGACUCUCCGGCAGUCCAAUACUCCCUUCGAAAUGAGACGGAUCCCCAUCGUCCCUGGAUCAUGUAUUAUUCAGUCUUGGCGAUCUGGGCAUUCGUCCAGGCUGUAGGGCGGCCGCCUGGCAAGGGGUUUCCGUUGCGAGCGUCGCAAAUGACACAGAGUACGUAUGCUCGCAUGGCGGAGUACUUGUCUGGAGUGGCAGCCUUGCAGGAGCUGGAUGGGACGACGGUGGCGAAUCUGCAUGAAGGACUGCCGGAGUUGUUGGAGACGAUGGAAGGGAUUUUGGAGGAGGCGGAUACGGAAAUCUUGGUGGAAGCGAGGGAUAGGUUGGGAGUCUGCAAGGAGAUGCUGCUAGGAGGAUCGAGAUGA